UUCUGCAUGUAUAGUUUCUCAUUUUGGCCCCUCAGCAACCCCCCAUGUGCUAGGGACAGUAAAUUCUAUUCUCACUUUGCAGAUAAGAAGACUGCAAUUCAAGAAGACACACAGUAGUCUAUAACUGAGUCAAGACUGGAACUCAGUUAUCCUGAUUCCCUCUCGGAGGCUCUUUCUACCAUGCCAACUGCUUGUCUGUUGCUUUCCAUCCAUGAACUCUGGAAAACAAGCUUGAGAUACCAAAAUUAAAAAGAUAGCUCAUCAAAAAUGAAUAGUUACAACUCUGUAAGUACAAAAAUGAAAUACUCAAAUCUCUUGCCUCCUUUCCUACUAGGAGAUAAAUGUUAACCUGAGUUCUCUAGCUUUGCACAAAUCCACAGCAAUUAAGACUGCACAGCGAGGUAAAAUACUUUUCUAAAAAACAAUCCUAAUCAAGUUGAAACAAAAAAUUUAAAACAUGAAAUGGAAGGAACGAAACUGCCGUCCUCCCUUAUUUGUGACCCACACUUGUCGAUUUUCAUAUCGGAGUUUCUCAAGCCAGGGGCACAUGGCCAAAAACCAUGUGAAAUGCCAGGUGUUCCAAAUAACACCCGACGGGGUAGUGGAAGGAAAGCACUACCUCCCCGGGGAGCAAAUGGCCCAACUUCCAGAGUUAGUUUUCUGCAGUCUCACAUCCGAUGUUGCACUAAGAAACCACCUAAUUUUUAGGUGGUUUCGUUUACCGAAAAAUGAGGUGACUGGGUCCGUGCUCGUAUUUAACACUGUACUCACGCUCUGCAUAUUUAAAUUCUCAAAUAUUCACUUAAUAUAUGCAUAGACCAUUGUCACGUCGUCGGAAGUCGCGUCCUGCCCAGGUGCGCGAGACUCCAGCGGGCCGCCUUGCGGCGCUCGGGUCGGGGUCCAGGUCCGGGCGUGCAACAGAAGCCGUCAGUGGCCCCGCUGGCUAAAAAAGGGCAAGCGUCGGAGGCUCGAGCCAGCGGCCACGGCGCCUCCCAACAGUUCCUAAUUCGGGGCGCUCUGCUGGCCCCACCACCUGUUCCCGGCAGCCAAUGGGGCCGCGGGGGGCGGCCGGGGCGGAGCGCGGCUACAAAAGGCCGCGGGCCCAGCGCACCCGCCCAUCACGCUCCGGGCGCGCUCUCGGGGAGGCUUGGACCGACGCAGCCCAGGCCAGGAACAUUCCGUGCGUGGACCAGCCGGGUCGGGGCGAUGCUGCGGGUGCGGUGUCUGCGCGGCGGGAGCCGCGGCGCCGAGGCGGUGCACUACAUCGGGUCUCGGCUUGGACGAACCUUGACGGGAUGGGUGCAGCGAACUUUCCAGAGCACCCAGGCAGCUACGGCUUCCUCCCGGAACUCCUUUGCAGCUGACGACAAGGCCACUGAACCUCUGCCCAAGGACUGCCCUGUCUCUUCUUACAACGAAUGGGACCCCUUAGAGGAAGUGAUAGUGGGCAGAGCAGAAAAUGCCUGUGUUCCGCCGUUCACCAUCGAGGUGAAGGCCAACACAUAUGAAAAGUACUGGCCAUUUUACCAGAAGCAUGGAGGGCAUUAUUUUCCCAAAGAUCAUUUGAAAAAGGCUGUUACUGAAAUUGAAGAAAUGUGCAAUAUUUUAAAAAUGGAAGGAGUGACAGUGAGGAGGCCUGACCCCAUUGACUGGUCAUUGAAGUAUAAAACUCCUGAUUUUGAGUCUACGGGUUUAUACAGUGCAAUGCCUCGAGACAUCCUGAUAGUUGUGGGCAAUGAGAUUAUCGAGGCUCCCAUGGCAUGGCGUUCACGCUUCUUUGAGUACCGAGCGUACAGGUCAAUUAUCAAAGACUACUUCCACCGUGGCGCCAAGUGGACAACAGCUCCUAAGCCCACAAUGGCUGAUGAGCUUUAUGACCGGGAUUAUCCCAUCCACUCUGUAGAAGACAGACACAAAUUGGCUGCUCAGGGAAAAUUUGUGACAACUGAGUUUGAGCCAUGCUUUGAUGCUGCUGACUUCAUUCGAGCUGGAAAAGAUAUUUUUGCACAGAGAAGCCAGGUUACAAACUACCUAGGCAUUGAAUGGAUGCGUAGGCAUCUUGCUCCAGAUUACAGAGUACAUAUCAUCUCCUUUAAAGAUCCCAAUCCCAUGCAUAUUGAUGCUACCUUCAACAUCAUUGGACCUGGUACUGUGCUUUCCAACCCUGACCGACCAUGUCACCAGAUUGAUCUUUUCAAGAAAGCAGGAUGGACUAUCAUUACUCCUCCAACACCAAUCAUCCCAGACGAUCAUCCACUCUGGAUGUCAUCCAAAUGGCUUUCCAUGAAUGUCUUAAUGCUAGAUGAAAAACGUGUUAUGGUGGAUGCCAAUGAAGUUCCAACUCAAAAGAUGUUUGAAAAGCUGGGUAUCACUACCAUUAAAGUUAACAUUCGUAAUGCCAAUUCCCUGGGAGGAGGCUUCCACUGCUGGACCUGCGAUGUCCGGCGCCGAGGCACCCUGCAGUCCUACUUGGACUGAACAGGCCUGAUGGAGCUUGUGGCUGGCCUCAGAUACACCUAAGAAGCUUAGGGGCAAGGUUCAUUAUCCUGCUUUGAAAACUGCAUGAACUGUAGUGCUUUAAACAAUCAUCUCCUUAACAGGGGUCGUAAGCCUGGUUUGCUUCUAUUACUUUUCUUUGACAUAAAGAAAAUAACUUCUGCUAGGUAUUACUCUCUACUCCUAAAGUUAUUUACUAUUUGGCUUCAAGUAUAAAAUUUUGGUGAAUGUGUACCAAGAGAAAAAUUAGUCACCUGAGUAACUUGGCCACUAAUAAUUAACCAUCUACCUCUGUUUUUAAUUUUCUUUCCAAAAGGCAGCUUGAAAUGUUGGUCCUAAUCUUAAUUUUUUUUCCUUUUCUAUAGACUUGAGAAUGUUUUUCUCUAAAUGAGAGAAAGACUUAGAAUGUACACAGAUCCUAAAUAGAAUCAGAUAAUCUCUUUUUUUUUAUAAAGGAGAGAAAGACUUAGAACAUACACGGAUCCUAAGUAGAACCAGGUAAUUGUCUCUUUCUAAUAAGGAAUUUGGGUAAUUUUUAAUUUUUUGUUUUUUAAAAAAUAACCUAGACUAUGCAAAACAUCAAAGUGAAUUUUCCAUGAAUGUUUUUAAUAUUCUCAUCUCAACAUUGUGAUAUAUGCUACUAAAAACCUUUUCAUAUACAUCUUACCUCAUUUCAAGUGAAUUAUUUUAAUCUUUUCCUCUCUUUCCAAAAAUUUACAGGAAUGUUUAGUGUAAUUGGAUUUCGCUAUCAGUUCCCAUCCUUAAGUUUUGAUAUUCAAUAUCUGAUAGAUACACUGCAUCUUUGGUAAUCUAAGAUUUGUUUACAAAUGUGCAAAUUAUUUAGAGCAUAGACUUUAUAAGCAUUAAAAAAAACUAAUGGAGGUAAAACCUAUAUGCGACGUGAAAUAAUUUUAGUGUUGAUACUGUAUGUGUAUUUUUAUUCUAAUAAACUUUUGUGUUCCAGACUGAA